AGGGGCGGGGGUGAGCCCUCUUGGCCGCGCUCGGGGCCCGCCGCGAAGGUGUCAUGGCAGCUGCGGAGCAUAGUUCCUCAAGCAGCGGCGAGAGGAACCUGGAGCGCAGCUCCAGCCCCCUGCUCACCCGCGAGGUGCUCUGCGAACUCUUUCGUUCCCUGCACACCCUGACUGGCCAGCUUAACCUCAGAGAUGAUGUGGUGAAAAUUACAAUCGAUUGGAACAGGCUUCAGAGCCUCUCAGCAUCCCAGCCUGCAUUGCUCCUUACGGCACUUGAACAACACGUUUUGUAUUUACAGCCUUUUUUAGCAAAACUCCAGUCUUUAAUUAAAGAGAAUCCAACCGCUGUUGAAGAGAUAAGACAGACAGAAACAGAGACCAAGAGUGAACUAAAUGCUAAGCAUCCCAUUGAGGACCUACGAGAUGAAGGACAGCUCAAGGACUGUGACUUAGAUGUGAAAAAGACACAAAUCCAUUUUGAUCCAGAAGUAGUUCAAAUAAAGGCUGGGAAAGCAGAAAUUGAGAGACGAAUAUCUGCGUUCAUUGAAAGAAAACAAGCUGAAAUCAAUGAAAACAACGUCAGGGAAUUUUGCAAUGUUAUUGAUUGUAAUCAAGAAAAUAGUUGUGCAAGAACUGAUGCCGUCUUUACUCCUUAUCCUGGAUUUAAAAGUCACGUAAAGGUUUCUAGAGUUGUGAAUACAUAUGGACCACAGACUAGACCUGAAGGAAUUCCGGGGUCAGGUCACAAACCUAUCAGCAUGCUUCGAGACUGUGGCAAUCAGGCUGUGGAAGAGCGACUCCAGAACAUUGAGGCUCACCUGCGAUUGCAGACAGGUGGUCCAGUACCAAGAGACAUUUAUCAGAGAAUUAAAAAGCUUGAAGAUAAAAUCCUUGAAUUGGAAGGCAUCUCUCCUGAAUACUUUCAAUCUGUGAACUUCUCUGGGAAAAGAAGAAAAGUUCAACCCCCUCAACAGAACUAUUCACUGGCUGAACUGGAUGAGAAAAUCAGUGCCCUCAAACGAUCCCUGCUCAGAAAAUCAAGAGAAACAGACUCCGUGACAACUCACCACCUUCCGUGAGGACUGCCUCAUCACGUUGCUUUCCUUUAAGAUGCGUGUGCAUGUAACUUACAUGUUUACUUAUUUGCAGUGUAUUUAUCAACAUGAACUUUACUGUGAAGUCAAGGUUUAUUUUCACCUGAGUCUGACUUGCAGCAAAUAAUCUAGUAUUCCAGUGUUUGGAAGUGAUGUGAACCUUGAAAAUAGCAUUUUUGGAGUUGAUUUCCUUCUGUUUUAAAGGAGGCAUUUUCAAUAUUGAAAAACUUAAUUUGAAAGAACUUCUUUUGAUGGUCCACCAGAGAUUAUUAUUUUGAUAGUGGUAUUUAAAAGGACUUUAUAUUUGUAAUAUUGAAUAACCAGUUUCUUAGUUUAUAUUAAUAUUUUGUAUAUUGUUGGCAAUUAUCAAACAUUUAUUGACAAAUGCGUGUAUAUGAACUUUUUUCCAUGUCUUUCUUAUUGUAAAUAAACAGUUGAUCAACUUUA